GCCCUCCCAUCCUCUUUCGCCUUCUCUCUCUCUAUCUCUCUCUCUCUCUCUCUCUCUCCCUCCCUCCCUCCCUGCCUCACACUCCCAUUCUCUCUCUCCGAAGCAGGGGACAAGCUGCAGGCGCUGGGAGCCGGACCAGACCUCUAUUAGACAGGAUAGAGAGAAGGACCCUCUCAGAGAAAGAAAGAAAGAAUUACAGAUAGAUUAAAAGAAAGAAAAGAAAUGUAGGCAGACAAACUUUCAGUCAAAGCUUGGGAAAUAAAGUUGUUCAGAUGAAGAAAACUUAAUGGAAAAGGUUAAAACUCCAUUCUUCAGCGCAGAAACUCAACAGAAGUAAGUGGCAAAGUAAGUAGGACAAGAGAAAAAAGUUCUUUUUUUCUUUUUUUAAGAGGAACAAAGACAGAUUUAAAGAAAAAAAGGAAUAAAAAGACAAGCGGGACAGUGAGAGCGAGAGAGUGUAAGUGAGUGAGAGUAAGAGGAAGAUAGGAUGGGCUGGACUGCUGUGUGGCUCCACUGCUGCGGAGCCGCUCUGCUCUGCCUGCUGGGGCUGCUUCCGCAGUGCGCCGUGCGGAGCCAGGACGUGCGGGAGGGGGACGCGGUUUGCACGGAGAACGACGGCUGUUUCGUGCUCUACUUCGAGCGCAAGACCUUCCUGUACGCUUGGCGCAGCUGCAAGGAGCGUGGGGGUGACCUGGCCACACUGAAGGACCCCCGGGACGCCGUUGCUGUCGAGCGCCUCUUCGCGGGCGUGGACCUGCGUGGCAAGCAGGGCAAGGUGCGGACGUGGAUCGGGCUCCAGAGGCAGCCGCGCCAGUGCUCGUCUACCCGCCCCCUCCGCGGCUUCAGCUGGGUCACCGGCGACCAGGACACGCGCUUCACCGACUGGCUGGGCGAGGAUUCGGCCAGUGCCUGCACCGCACCGCGCUGCGUCGUCGUGGGCUACACUGAACCCCCGAACCUGGGUCAUGGCGACAACCUCAAGUGGACGGACGGCCCAUGCUCGAUCACCGUGGACGCAUACCUGUGCAAGUACAACUACAAGGGCAUGUGUCCGAGCAUACCGGGAGAAGGUGGGGGGAACACCUUUUACAGCACUCCUUUUGACCUGUUGACCACAGAGCUGAGCCACCUGCCGUAUGGGUCCAUGGCUACCGUGCCGUGUCCGGCAGAUACAGUUGGGGAUCAGACAGUGCUGUGCACAGACAUGGGCGAUGGGACUGUGAACUGGUCUCGGGAGGCUCCGUACUGCUCAGUUAAACAGACUUGGUGCGAUCAGGACAACGGUGGGUGUCACCAGCUGUGCAUCGACAAAGAUGACACCCACGUGUGCAUGUGCAUCGACGGCUACGUGCUGGCAGAGGACGGCAUGAGCUGCCUGCCGGACGACCCGUGCCUCAACUCGCCGUGCGAGUCCGAGUGCGUGCCGGUGACCGACGGCUUCCGCUGCGACUGCCCCGAGGGCUACGUGCUGGAGCCGGACGAGCACAGCUGCCGCGACUUAGACGAAUGCCAGCAGAUGCCCUGCGAGCACCAGUGCAUCAACUCGCCCGGCUCCUACGAGUGCAGCUGCCUGGACGGCUACCGGCUGGAGGGCGGCGAGUGCGAGGACGUGGACGAGUGCACCGGGGACCCGUGCGAGCACGCCUGCGAGAACACGCCCGGCUCGCACGUGUGCCACUGCCACCUGGGCUUCGGGCCAACACCUGAGGACUCCAGCCGCUGCCAGGACAUAGACGAGUGCCAGAUCGAGGACACCUGCGAUCACAUGUGCAUCAACUAUGAGGGCGGCUUUGAGUGCUACUGCCAAGAGGGCUACGAGCUGCAGGCCGACCACUACUCCUGUAGUCUGAUCACCCAGAGCCACGGGGACCCCACCGCCACCCCGGCUUACCCCUGGGCUACCAUGCUGCCUGACUCCAUGUGGAACCUCCCCUGGGGGCCUCCUCCAAGCGUGGAUUACAACCCAGACCCGACGGACUACGGGGGGAACACCAACUGGAUGACCGAUCGCCCAGAUGCAGAGGAGAAGAGUGACCAAUGGACCUAUCAGGAACCGUUGGUGCCGUCGCCGAGCCCGGAACAAUCCAGCUACGAUCCUCAGUUGGACCCCACCCCCACCCCAGACAUGACAACCCCAACCCCCUCCCCCGCCACCCACGAGUCCACUACACCGGACUAUUACGAUGACGAGGACGAGGACGACCCCACGGCAACCACUGCCGUUCCCACGACAACUUUCAUCGAGGGUGCAUGGAACUGGCUCUGGCUCACCUCAACCGACGUGCCUCUCCAAGCAGGGGGGGUUGAAUUAGGAACAGACAACUGUGUGAUUUCAAGCACGACCACGAACAGUCCAGAGGUCUUCUCCUCCGAGUCCUACUCCUCCUCUCGGACCCCAGAAACAGUCGGCGUCUACGGGGAGGAAAUGGACGGAGACUACGAGGGGGAGAAGACGGUGGGAGAGGGAGUGCAGGAGAAGGAGGAGGAGGAGGAAGAGGAGGAGGGGGGCAGCUGGCUGUUGGUGGGGCUCCUGGUUCCCCUCUGCAUCUUCCUGCUCAUCAUGGUGGUCCUGGGCGCCAUCUACUGCAAUCGCAGCGCCUCCGCAAAACCACAGAACAAGAACACGUCGGACUGCUACCACUGGAUCUCAGGCGCCGCAGACAAAGCCGGAGCAGAACAUUCCGGAAGCGCCACCAAGUCCCAUGUGUAAAACAGUAGGCUGCAGUUACAGAGGAAGGACACACACAAAAAAGAUGCAUAUGACAUGUCGUGUGAAGAGGACAGGGGAAGGCAACACGGUCAAAGUGGAGCGAGAGACUGAGCUUUGAACGUGAUGUCUAUUCUUCUUCUGUUUUGUGAGGCAAUGUUUCUUUUUUCUUUCUUGUAUCAGGAUAUUUAUUAGGAAUAUCUAUUGGAAGGAGAAGGAGCCCAGGGGAGAACCUGAAUGGGACUAAAGCUGUUCUUCUCUAUGGUGCUGUGAAAAAACGAUAGUCACUGUUCUCCUGAUACACACUGACAGAGAGAGAGAGAGAGAGAGAGAGAGAGAGAGAGAGAGAGAGAGAGAGAGAGAGAGAGAGAGAAUGUGAUUACUGCAAGAUUGCACCAUAAGUCAAACCUAGCGUGCUUGGCAAAAUUGAACGAAUUACCCUGGUUUGAGAGCAUAAGGUCAUAUUUAUUGUUGGUGUAGGUCAUGUUUUUGUAUGCAAGUAACAUUCAACAGUCUUUGGUAGAAUCUUAAGGGAAAUGUCACUCUAAAACAUAAUUCUUCACAGACCAAAGACCAAAGAAAGUUUUGUUUUGUUUUUCCCCCCUAAGUACUUGUCUGCUUGUGGAGAGUGAACCAGACAAAUUGCCGUUUUACCUAAUCGCUGUGAAACUGUAGGAGAGUGUCUGGCUUGGGACUAGACUUUUGAAGGACAGGCGUCUUCACGAGCAGCCGUGCUUUGACAAGCGCUGAGUGUGACGAGUGAAAGAUGGCCACCAGUGGGACCUAUCACUCAGCCGGCACUGACGACUGACCCAGCCGAGGCCGAGUGAUCCAUUGGACUAGACCGGCAGUCAUGCGUGUUGUUUUGACUCCUCAAGUACUUUUAUGUCCAUGGUGACUUUUCUUUUACCUUCAAGACACAACAGAACAAAACAAAAAACUACAGUGUUUCUCAGAAUAAACUCUUUUUUUUGUACAUUUUGUCAUAAGAUUGAUGCUUGGUUGUAGCAUAUCAAACAUCUUUUGUUGUCAUGGUCUGGUAUUUUCCUCUGCUGACAGUAAAGGGUCAGGUGUGCUCCUGUAGUUCAGGGCGAAUAAACAGAGACACACAAGAGCCAGUGGACCAAUCGCAUUACUGUGGUCAUGACCUCACCAAUAAACAGUUCUUAGGUCA